CGGUAACUUAACGGUAAGCAGGCAAGGACGAGCGCUCUUCGUACUCGUCCUCGUCCUCGUCCUCGGACCGGCAUCCAAAUCGAAAUCGCAGAUUUACCCCGUUAAUCGGUAGCCAGUGUCACCCCCGUGCCCCCCCGUGUACCCCCUGCGCGCAAGCGUCCUUUGAAUUUUCUUUGAGUUACAAAUUUUUUCGUGUGAGAUCCUUCGCAGCGGAUAGCCAUCCCGACAAUGCUCCCCUGGCAUCCGUUUGGGCCCUUGUGAUCGCAUCGAGCAGGGCGUCGCGACGUCCGUCUCUCUCUCUCUCUCUCUCUCUCUCUCUCUGGGAGGAUGUACACCUACAGUGCGGAGGAUGCUGCCCAAACGGCCAUGGCAGCGGCGGCUGCGUACAGGGCGCUGCUCGACUACUACGCCAACGCGCCCAGUGCGGCGGGUCACAUCGUUUCGCUGACCGUCGUCCCGUUCAACGGUACAUCAUCGCCCUCGUACGCGGGCGGCGGCGGCGGCGGCGGUGGCGGUGGCAACAACAGCGACAGCAUCAACGUCUACGAUGAUGGCCUGGGAUCUGGAAAUGUAUUCUUGGGGCAGCAACGCUUGGAGCACAGCCUGGUCACCGAGGCGGCUGGCACGAUCUACAGCUUUGGCGACAGCUCCGGCUCUGGUGCUGGCUCUGGAUCGGGCGCCAGUGCCAGUCCCGGAUCCAUCUCCAUCGUCUCCAGCAGCGCCAGCACCACAGAGAUGCCCGUCUGGCUGAUACCCAGCUACAGCGUCAUUCUGCUGUUCGCCGUGCUCGGCAAUCUGCUGGUCAUCUCCACCCUGGUGCAGAACCGUCGCAUGCGGACCAUCACCAACGUCUUUCUGCUGAAUCUGGCCAUCUCGGACAUGCUGCUGGGCGUCCUCUGCAUGCCCGUCACCCUCGUGGGCACCCUGCUGCGCAACUUCAUCUUCGGCGAGUUCCUCUGCAAGCUGUUCCAGUUCUCGCAGGCUGCCUCUGUGGCCGUUUCGUCGUGGACUUUGGUGGCCAUCUCCUGCGAACGCUACUACGCCAUCUGCCAUCCGCUGCGAUCGCGCUCUUGGCAGACCAUCAGCCAUGCCUACAAGAUAAUCGGAUUCAUUUGGCUCGGGGGCAUACUCUGCAUGACGCCGAUAGCCGUCUUUAGUCAAUUGAUUCCAACCAGUCGGCCAGGCUACUGCAAGUGCCGCGAGACAUGGCCCGAUCAGGGCUACGAGCAGUUCUACAACAUCCUGCUGGACUUUAUGCUGCUCGUCCUGCCUCUGCUGGUGCUGUGCGUGGCCUACAUCCUCAUCACACGCACCCUCUACGUGGGCAUGGCCAAGGACAGCAGCCGUAUGAUGGCCAUGCAGCCGACACCCGCGGCAGCAGCGCCGCCAGCGUCCAUCGGGGCAGCUGCAGGAGGAGCAGGAGCCACUGCCGCUGUAACUGGUACUGGAGCGGGGCCCAGCAGCAAUUGCAUCCUGGUGCUGACCGCCAGCACAGCCUACAAUGAGAGCAGCAACAACAACAAUGGCGCCGCAGCGGCCACAACAACGACAACGACAACCACAACGACAGCGACACUGACAACGAGAGCGACGACAGCGAUAACAACGACAACGACAACGACGGUGACGCUGGCCAAGAUGUCCUCGCCCAGCAUGCGGAUCCAUGACGCUGCUCUACGCAGAUCCAACGAAGCAAAGACCCUGGAGAGCAAGAAGCGAGUCGUGAAGAUGCUGUUCGUGCUGGUGCUGGAGUUCUUCAUCUGCUGGACGCCCCUGUACGUGAUCAACACGCUGAGCAUGUUCAUCGGGCAGGCGCUGUAUGAGUACAUCGACUACACCUCCAUAAGCUACCUGCAGCUGCUGGCCUACUCCUCCAGCUGCUGCAAUCCGAUCACCUACUGCUUCAUGAACGCCAGCUUCCGGCGCGCCUUCGUGGACACCUUCAAGGGCAUGCCCUGGCGCCGACGGGGUGGCGCUGGAGGGGCCGCCGGCGCCAUUGCGCUCUCCGCCAGCCAAGCGGGCAACAACAAUCCCAACACCAAUGCCAAUGCGAAUUCUGGCCUAGCCAUGGGCAUGGGCAUGGGCAUGGGCAUGGGCACCUGGCGCUCGCGUUCGCGUCACGAUCCACUCAACUCGGUGGUGCACACGAGCAGCGCCACAGCCGCCGCCGACAGUCCACGGCUAUAAGCUGUCGGCUGUCCAACGAGGACUUGUGUAAAUAUGUGUACAUGGCUCGUAUUUUUGCUGGCAGUUUUUUUUUUUAAUAAUAAUAAUUGUUAGCUCUACGCAUCCGUAAAUGAUUGUAAAAAUUAGUUCUUACUCGCCUCUGAAAUCUGUCUAUUGGUGUUUCAAAUUCUUCUUAAGGUUGCCGCAAAAUAAAACAAAA